CCCAUCUCCUCUCUCGUCUCCAUCUCCAUCUCCAUCUUCAUCUCCAUUUCCAUUUCCAUCCUCGCCUAUCAUUAACAUCUUCCGCAAUGUCACAAAUGGGUUCAGUCUCGGGCUGGUACACGAACGCAUACGCGGGUACGUUCCGCUCAUCUCGCCUUCGAGCUCCUUCACUGUUGCCCAACCGUCAAAUUCCCGCGCCCAUCCAACAGACCCUCGUCAUUGAUGCCGCUCACAAUGUACACACGGGUGCGGAUGUACAGGGAGAAAAUGGUAAAAGCAAAGUUAAAAGAAGGGAGACGGUGUUCGGUCCGGAUGUCGGCGAAGAUGAUGAGCCGGGAUGGACCGAUGGAGCCAAAGAAGAAAUUAGUGUUGAUGUCGUCAAAAAAUGGGUUGAGAAAACCAAGGCUGAUGAAGGAUUGCACCCGACUACAACUCUUCAAGCGUUAGUGAACCUUAAACGACCGACACUGCUUCUGCAGCAAGUUGAGCAAUCCGAACCAGUCGAAGAGACCAACAAGCACGAUGGAAUUACCCCGAUCGCAUAUGAACACCAAAAGGGAGAGCGCGAAGAAACAAACUUCGCUCCACCCUUGCACACCCUCAAAUUUUCCUAUGACGCUACUACCCCUUCCGUUCGCAUCUCUCUUCUUCUAUAUCCUACGCCCCAACCUCCCAUCGAGGGGAAAGAAAGUAUUUUGGAGGACCAUGAACCCCGAUUGCUCUAUGACGGCUUGCACCCAGGAGGGUUUGGCCAAGUUUUCGAGCUGCCCAAGAAAUUCGCCAUUGAUUUAAGGUCCGCGAUCCAGGUGCCAACUGAGGAAAAGGAGGAGGAAGGAGAUGAUGGAAAGAAGGACACACUAGUAGCGGAUGGUAAUCCGGCUGAGCAGGUCCAUCAACUUGAUGUGGGAACUCAAGGUCAACAAGAAAAUCAGGGAAGGAGGAGGUUUGGACUCCUCAGAAGCAACAGGGCUGAUAGCGGUGGUCUCGAAGAGUCACAAAUUGAGAUGACGAAUCAGGGUGAAGGGCAGAAAGAAGGAGAGGCAAAAGAAGAGAAGAAGCCUAUUGAGCAAGGAAUGAGGGUCCUGAUAAGAAUCGAUGGUGUUGGCCCGCAAGGCGAGUCUUUAAAGAGACGAAAUGCCCAACUUACGCACAUUCUCAUCACUGGGACAUGGGUAAACGAUCCCAAUGGCAGCGAGAACCCUCAAGGUGGCAAGAGAGUGUGGGUCGUCAAAGUUGCCCGCCGUGAAGCAGUUAUUGGUACACACACAUUCCUCCUCAAGGAGAUAUUUGGUCUUUCUCAAGCAUCUUCUUCACCUGCAUACCCACCAACCUCUGACGACCCUUACGCUUCCACGCCUAACGAGUGCAUCGUUUGCUUGACGUCUCCCCGAGACGUUGUGCUACUUCCUUGUCGACACUUGGUAGUCUGUCGAGAGUGUGCCGUGGGUAUGGUUGAAUUUGGUGCAGGUAAUAGGGUGGCCCGAAGAGAGGAGAUGGACUCUGCUGAAACUGGGCAGAAUGGUGAUGCGUCUGGUGAAAAUGGCACUGGCGGUGGUGCUAGCAGCGGAGGUAAUGUGCCUCAGGUAGCUGGCGGCACGACAGCAACAGGGAGGGAGAGAAGGAAAAAGAAAGUCAAGGGAUGGUACUGUCCUGUUUGUCGACAGCCAUAUACUUCACUCCUUCGCCUAGCUCUUCCUGAAGCCUCUAACGUGCCAGCUCGACCUUCGUCUCGUGCAUCUGUCCGUACAACAAGGACAACGAAAUCACUCGCACCCACACUUCCCGACGGGGCAGAAAGGAUGCUUGAAAGACUUCGCCCCGAGGGGGCGGGAGAUUCUGACGAGGAUGCGGAUGCAGCCAACGAAGCACAAAUUGACGAACCGGAAAGGCCGAGAUUUGUGUUGGGAGAAGACAAGGAAGAGAUCGAGCACCACGAGAACCUCGAAAAGUCACCAGACCCGGCGAUGGUGUCGACUGCCGUUCCGGUCUCUACUCCUGCGUCUGUUUCUGAUGGUGAGCACAGCGUAGGUGAAGGCGGCCCCAAGGGAUGGAGGGAAGUAGCAGCCUAGUGUGAUAUGGUUCAUUGUGGUGUUUUCAGUUCACAUCUAUGUGGUGCUUGGCGUACUUUUUCCUGUUUUUGCAACAGUUGGUUGUCGGCAACUUGUAUUGUAUGUUUAAAGCAUAUUGUUCUGCUACUUGAUCAACGUAAUUUGAGAAAUAUGUAUGCAAGAUUGUUACGCG